AAAAAAAAAGAUGGACCUGAAUUUUUAUUCGGAUUUGACCGACGGUACCGGGCAGCACGACGGGGACCCAGAGUUCCUGGACCCGCAGUCCUUCAAUGGAUUUGACUCUGACAACAAGUUCCCCGGAGGCAGUGACAACUACUUGACCAUUUCUGGGUCCAGCCAUCCCUUCCUCUCUUCCUCCGAGACGUUCCACACUCCCAGCCUGGGCGAUGAGGAAUUCGAGAUCCCCCCCAUCUCCCUGGACCCGGACUCGGCCCUGUCCGUGUCCGACGUGGUGUCCCACUUCGGCGAGCUGUCGGACGGCGGCCCCGCCGACAGCGUGGUGGUGCCGGGGAACGCGGUGGUGGAGGGGGACGACCCGUCCUUCGCCUCCACCUACGUCAGCGCCCCCUCGCAGGGGCUGGAGCACCUGAGCCUGGGCGUCAUGAACCAGUCGGGGGGGAGCGCCCUGCUGGGGUCCUCGCUGGGAAUGGUGGGGAGCCCGCCCGCGUCUCGAGGGUCUCGGGUGAUCUCCAGGUUACCGGAACGUCAUUUCACUCCUUCCUGUCCCCCCCCCAUCCCCCCACCACAGGACCUGGGUCACCCCAUGGGCUCUCAGUUCAGCAGCUCGUCCCCCGUUACCAUCGACGUCCCCCUGGGGGACAUGGGCCCGGGAUUGCUGGGGUCCAGCCAGCUGACCACCAUCGACCAGUCGGAGCUCAGCUCCCAGCUGGGGCUGGGCCUGGGGGACGGGAACAUCCUGCAGCGGCCCCAGUCGCCCGACAACCCCCUGUCGGCCACCGCGUCGCCCACCAGCUCGCUCCAGGACGACGACAUGGACGACUUCCGAAGGCGCUCGUUGACCGAACCCGCGAAUUCUCCUCCCGAUCAGAAGGUCCUCAUGGAGUCUCCCAUCUCUCUGGCCGUCUCCCCCGGAGUCAUCUCUCUGGACCCGUCGCUGUCCGAGCCCACGUUCUCCGCCCCGAGCUCCAGCGCGCCCUCGGCCCCCGGACGGAAAGGAGGGGCGGCGGGAGGGAAGAAGGGGAGGAAGAAGAAGGACCCCAACGAGCCUCAGAAGCCCGUGUCGGCCUACGCCCUGUUCUUCAGGGACACGCAGGCGGCCAUCAAGGGACAAAACCCCAACGCCACGUUUGGAGAAGUGUCUAAGAUAGUGGCCUCCAUGUGGGACAGCCUGGGGGAGGAGCAGAAACAAGUUUACAAAAGGAAAAACGAAGCGGCAAAGAAGGAAUACUUGAAAGCGCUGGAAGAGUACAGGGAAAGCCAGAGUUCUCAGGCCCCCAUUGAAGUCAUGGACACGGAACCGUCGCCCCCGCCUCCCCCCCCGGCCCCGGCGCCCGCCCCGGCUCCCGUGGCCGCGGCCCCCCCCGCCGCGGCGCCCACGGCGCGCGUCACCCGCUCGCAGCACUACAACCCCGAGGAGAACACCAUCACCAACAUCUGCGCGUCCAACAUCAUCCUGGACCUGCCCCAGGUCACCACCCGCUCCCGCACCGGCGCCAUCAAGCCCCAGCCGCCGCCCGCCAGUGCCCCCCCGAACCCGCCCACCGUCACCAAGAUCAUCAUCAAGCAGACGCCGCUGCCCUCCGGCGGCGUGUCGGUCACCGCCACCACCGCCGCCGCCUCCUCGCCGCGGCAACCGCCGCCGCUGCAGCAGAUGCAGAGCACGCCGCCGCCGCCCCGGCUCCAGCAGAUGGUCCACGCCCAGGCGCCGCCGCCGCUGCAGGCCAAGCCGCGGGGCGGGGGCGGGGCCGCCGCCACGGCGCCGCCCCCGCUGCAGAUCAAGAUCGUCCCGCUGCCGCGGCAACUGGACCCCAGCGCCGCCGCCGCCGUGGUGGUGACGGCGGCGGGCGGGACGCCCCCCUCGGCCAGCCUGACCGUGCAGAUGAAGGUGGAGCUGAACGUGGCGCCCGGUCCCAGCGUGACGACGCCCACGGCCAGCCCGAACAUCUGCGUGCGCGCGGGCUGCACGAACCCGGCCGUGGAGAGCAAAGACUGGGACAAGGAGUACUGUAGCAACGAGUGCGUGGCCACACACUGCAGAGACGUUUUUAUGGCCUGGUGCGCCAUCCGGGGACAGAACUCCACCACGGUCACAUAG